AAAUUAUAAAAAUGAUAACUCCUCAAGAAUAACUUGAUAUAAGUAAAUAGAUUACUAUAAUAAGUUAUUAAGAAGAUCACAAAAUCAUUAUUAGGAAAAUCUUAAACGACUAUUAGAACUUUAGGAAAAACAUUCAGGGGAUUUGAGUCAUUUGAUAAAAAUAAUAGAAUGGAUAAAGAUGAAUUCCUCAUUGGAUUAAAGUAAAAUGGAGUAGUGUUAACAAAAUUCUAAACUGAUGUAAUCUAAUAUUUUAUUUAUAGUUUUUAUUAAAUUAUCUCGAUAGAAACAGAGAUGGAUCAAUAGAUGUUGCUGAAUUCUUUUAUUUAAUUAGAGUAAAAUAUAAAUUAAUAAAUAGGGAACUCCAAAUGAGAAUCGUAUGUAAGUAAUAAUCCAAGCAUUCAAAAAAUUUGAUAAGGAUAAUUUAGGUUAUAUUGUGGCUGAUGAUUUCAAAGGGAUAUUCAAUGCAAAAAAUCAUCCUAAAGUUACUAGAGGAGAACUGACUGAAGAUUAAGCUUAUAUUGAAUUAUUGCAAUAUUUUAAGGAAGGAAAUAAAUCAGGACAUAUAACUUUAGAUGUAUUAAUAUAAUAUCUAAAUUUAGGAAUGGAAAGAAUACUAUGCUGCUAUCAGUGCUGAUAUUGAAAAAGAUGAUAAUUUUAUAUUAUUAAUCAAAGAAACUUGGAGACUGAAAUGAUUAAUUUUAUAAAUAAGUAUC